UUCGGUGCUCCAUCUUUGGCUAAGGAAAAUCUCCAUUCUUUCCUGAGGAAAAAAUGUCCAGCCAAUUUGAGCAUCCAGCUGGUGGAUACAAAAAGCUUUUUGAGACUGCAGAAGAACUAUCUUCACCAAUAACGGCUCAUGUUACAGGUAAAAUUCCAGUUUGGCUGAAAGGCAGUUUGCUCAGAUGUGGGCCUGGUUUAUUUGAAGUUGGAUCAGAACCGUUUUAUCAUUUGUUUGAUGGCCAAGCACUUCUUCACAAGUUUGAUUUCAAGGAAGGCCAUGUCACUUAUUACAGGAGGUUUGUUCGAACCGAUGCCUAUGUUAGAGCAAUGACUGAGAAGAGAAUAGUAAUCACAGAAUUUGGAACAUAUGCUUACCCAGAUCCAUGCAAAAAUAUAUUUUCCAGAUUUUUUUCAUACUUCCAAGGUGUGGAGAUCACUGACAAUGCCCUGGUGAAUGUGUAUCCUGUGGGAGAAGAUUUUUAUGCCUGUACUGAGACAAAUUUCAUAACAAAAAUCAACACAGAAAAUCUGGAAACAAUUAAAAAGGUGGAUAUCAGCAAAUAUGUUUCAGUCAAUGGGGUCACAGCACACCCUCAUAUUGAAAAUGAUGGAACAGUUUAUAAUAUUGGCAACUGCUUUGGAAAGAAUUUGUCCUUUGCCUAUAAUAUCGUAAGAAUACCUCCCCUUCAAGCAGAUAAGAAAGAUCCAAUGACAAAAUGCGAAGUGGUGGUUCAGUUUCCCUGUAGUGAGAGAUUCAAGCCGUCUUAUGUGCACAGUUUUGGGCUAACUCCAAAUUACAUCGUGUUUGUGGAAACUCCAGUGAAAAUUAAUUUGCUCAAGUUUCUUUCUUCCUGGAGUCUUUGGGGAGCCAACUACAUGGACUGUUUUGAGUCAAAUGAAAAGAUGGGGGUAUGGAUGCAUGUUGCUGACAAGAAAAAUGGGGAGUACCUCAACAUCAAAUACAGAACUUCACCUUUUAAUCUUUUCCAUCAUAUUAAUACUUAUGAGGAUAAUGGAUUUCUUGUUGUGGAUUUAUGUACAUGGAAAGGAUAUGAAUUUGUUUACAAUUACUUAUACUUAGCCAAUUUACGAGAAAACUGGGAAGAAGUGAAGAAAAAUGCACAAAAAGCUCCUCAACCUGAAGUUCGACGGUAUGUCCUUCCCUUAAAUAUUGAGAAGGCUGAUACAGGAAAAAAUCUAAUCACAUUACCUAAUACAACAGCAACAGCAAUUCUGCACAGUGAUGAUACUAUCUGGCUGGAUCCAGAAGUUAUUUUUUCAGGACCACGACAAGCUUUUGAGUUUCCACAAAUAAACUAUGCAAAAUAUUCCGGGAAACCUUAUACAUAUGCAUAUGGUCUUGGAUUGAAUCAUUUUGUUCCAGACAGACUUUGCAAAAUGAAUGUUAAAACUAAAGAGACAUGGGUAUGGCAAGAACCAGAUACAUAUCCCUCUGAACCAAUCUUUGUUCCUCAACCAGAAGCUAUAGAAGAGGAUGAUGGUAUUAUCCUGAGCAUAGUCAUCAGUCCUGGCUGCGGACCAAAGCCUGCCUACCUUUUGAUCCUGAAUGCAAAGAAUAUGAGUGAGGUUGCCAGAGCACAAGUGGACAUAAAUAUCCCAGUUACUUUCCAUGGACUCUUCAAAAAAGCAUGAUGUCUGUCUUGAAUACACCACCAUCUUUCUUUUUAAUACAAUGUGCAGAACAACAUAAAGCAUUCUUCUAAUUACCUGCCAGUGACUUGCAAAAUUAGUUAACAUUAACCAUUUCCUGUACUGAGGCCCAAUUUUAAUAUUUUAAUACUUUAAAAAGUAUCCAUUUUUAAGAAUGCUUUCAUGACUGUAUCAUAAAUAAGGAUAAUUAAAAGUUGUUAGUACUGUAGAUGCUGAUGAACAGCAUCAGCAUUAUAGUCUCAGUAAACUUCAGAUAAACAUUUACAAUUUAAAACUGUUAAAAUUGUUCGGUAAUAGAACAUGGGUGAAACACAACAACCUUGAACUCUGGCAGAUUAAGUAGUGAAUAGAAAUAAGUAUUUGGCAAAAUAUUAGUUUGGAAACAACUGUAGAUUUCUUAUAGUUUUAAUAUUUGAAAAAUUAUUUUUAAAAAUUGAAAUGAAAUCAUUCGUCUUUGCCACUUAUCAGAGAAAAUGAUAGUUUGAAUUUGAUCUCUCUGAUACCUUAAAUAUCUUUAUUUUACAAAUGAUUUGUCUAAUAAACAUAAUGUAAAAUAUGAACAUUUUUUAAAAA